UGUGUCUACACGUGUUGAUAAUUUUAACUUAAAUAAGUUAUAAAUAAAAAUCUGAAAUUAUGGGUAAAGUAAAGCAAGAACCGGUCGAACAGGAAGACCAGGCUGAUGUCAGCAUUAAAGCUGAACCGCAAAGCCACGAUGAAAAAGUCGAACAUUGUAGUAUAAUAGCGAAACCGAUGGCCACAAAAAAACUCACCAAAAAGAUAUAUAAACUUAUUAAGAAAUCGAGUAACCAUAAGAACUAUAUCAGAAACGGCCUGAAAAUCGUUCAGAAGCAGUUACGUCUGGGUGAAAAGGGCAUGGUUUUCUUUGCUGGAGACAUUUCACCCAUAGAAAUCAUGUGUCACCUACCUGCGGUUUGCGAGGAGAAGGACGUCCAAUACUGUUACACUCCAAGUAGGAAGGAUAUCGGUGCCGCCAUGGGUACAAUGCGAGGAUGCAUCAUGGUACUUGUCAAAGAACAUGAGGAUUAUAAAGAUUUGUACGAGGAAGUUAAAAGUGAAAUAAAAUUACUCGGACAUCCACUGUAAAUAUAUGAAUAAGAUUCUUAUUUAGUUUUAAUAUUAAAUAGUAAGACUUUCAAACGAAUUAACAGUAACAUUCUUGUAACAAAAU